AUGACUUCCUCCAGUACUUACACUGUCCUAGGGUCCACGGGGAGGUGCGGUAGGGCACUCAUCCAAACCCUCCUCGACAGUAAGCCCGACGCUCGCAUCCACGCAUACUGUCGUGAUCGUACCAAGCUUCUGCGACUUCUGCCGGACAUCAAGGAAGGCGGCGAAGUUGAGAUAUUGAAGGAAGCAUCCACGACAUUGACCUUCUGGCCUCGUGUCUGCGUGGUUGCCACACGGAGCGAAAACACGAAUACUGCUCCAAGAAAGGUGUCUAAGCUUGUCCUACUGUCGUCGGCAACUAUUGAUGAUCACUUCCUCCGUCAUCUCCCCUAUCUGCUGCGCCUGAUUCUGCUCCGCUCGGCUUUUUACGUCUAUAUCGACCCGAUUGAAACGGAAAAGAUGCUUCACGCAGAAGAAGACUGGCUGAAAACUAUCUUCAUUAAGCCUGGUGCGCUCUCGGUCGAUGUACAAAGAGGCCAUGCGCUGAGCUUGACCGACGAGCAAAGUCCCGUGUCCUACUUAGAUUUGGCGGCUGCAAUGAUUGAGGCAGCAGACGAUGAGAAUGGGAGCUACGAUUUGAAAAACAUGAGUGUGAUUAAUACAAAUGGAGCGGCCAAGUUUCCAACGGGUACGCCAAUGCAUAUCGCAUUGGGGCUGUUGAGACAUAUUCUCCCCCUUUUACAUCCUUAUCUCCCUUUGAAUACAGGACCGGGCUGA